GAAGGUCUAUCGGAAAGUCAAGCAUCGGCAAGGCUGGUGCAAUUUGGUAAGAACUCGUUGGAGCAAUCCAAGUCGAAGUCUACUUGGCAGCUUAUACUGGAACAAUUCGAAGAUCGACUUGUACAAAUUCUUCUGGUCGUCGCGCUCCUUUCGGGUGUCUUUUCCUACUUUGAAGUCCGUCAGAGUGCCACUGCAGCUGCCGAACUCGCCACGGAUGAGGCCUUGUGGAAGAGCUUUGUUGAACCCCUUGUAAUUUUGGCGAUUUUGGUAGUAAACGCUGCUGUUGGUGUUUGGCAAUCCCAAAGUGCCAGUGACAGUCUCGAUGCUUUACAGCGUAUGCAGUCGGCGACGGCCACAGUGCUACGAGAUGGCGUUUGGAAAUCUUCCCUCGAAGCUUCCGAUCUCGUUCCCGGAGAUAUCAUUGAGUUACGAGUAGGGGAUAAAAUCCCGGCUGAUUCGCGACUUCUUUCGUUGCAAUCAUCAUCGCUUCAAAUCGAUGAAGGCUCGCUUACGGGAGAAUCUGUGACUGUUGGAAAAUUGCCUGGGGAUGAAGGGCGUGCCGAUUCACCCAACAGGCCAGUUCAGGACCAAAAGGGCAUGCUGUAUUCUGGUACCAUGGUUACAUCCGGUUCUGGGAAGGCAGUUGUCGUUCAGACGGGCAUGACGACGCAGUUUGGAAAAAUCCAGCAAGGAGUUACAGCCGCCAAAGCCGAACAGCCGAAGACGCCGUUGGCCAUAAAACUGGACGAAUUCGGAGAGACUCUGACAAUCAUUAUUGGAGUGAUAUGUCUGGCGGUAUGGAUUGUAUCAAUUCCGAAAAUGAACGACCCCAGCUUUGGUUCCGUCUGGGUCGGUGCUGUCUACUACGCAAAGGUGGCCGUCGCUUUGGGCGUGGCUGCCAUUCCGGAGGGUUUACCAGCCGUAAUCACCUUGUGUUUAAGUUUAGGAACUCGGCGUAUGGCUGAGCGCAACGUGAUCGUCCGUAAAUUGCAGUCGGUGGAGACACUGGGUUGCACAUCGGUAAUUUGUACCGACAAAACGGGCACCCUGACAACCAACGAGAUGACGGUCGUCAGCCUGGUUUUGUUGGAACACGAUGAGGUAGGUGAGGUCAGUAUUCGCGAACGUAUUGUGGAAGGGUUUUCAUACUCGCCGGUAGGUGAAGUCGAGGGCAUACAAUAUAACAAAGAGGUCAAGGAGGAUCCCUUGGGUUCGGUAGCGGAUGUUGCAGCGGUGUGUGCGCUCUGCAAUGAUGCCAAGAUCUUGGGCAUUGACUCUGAGAAAGCCUUUCAACGUGUCGGCGAGCCAACUGAAGCGGCUCUUUGUAUUCUUGCCGAAAAGCUCGGAGGAAUGUCUCACUACCUGGAAAAGGGCCGCUUAGAUAAAAAAGGAUUGCAUUUCGAUGUCCCGCCUAGUGUAUUGGCCAGUGCCAACGUUGAGUCAUGGCGCGAGGCUCAUCCGCGCCUAGCUACUUUGGAGUUUAGUCGAGACCGGAAAUCUAUGUCUGUUUUGUCCUAUCGCUCUGGCGUCAAAUCAAGGAAGGCCGGCAAUCGUCUUCUAAUCAAGGGUGCUCCCAAUUUACUCAUUGAACGCUGCACGAAUGUAAAGUUCCGUGACGGAACCAUUGCUCCCAUGACGGGCGCUCUCCGACGAUCCAUCGAAGAUCAGGUAUCAAAAAUGGCUGCUCGACCUCUUCGUUGUCUCGCUUUGGCAAUUAAGGAUCAAGACGAACUGGACGACAGCUUGAAAUCUUUUGAGCCAGACAAUGACCGUGCCGUUUCCCGGCAUCCUCUCUUGUCGGAUCCAACCAAUUACAGAAGUGUCGAAUCCGGGUUAACGUUAGUUGGUAUCGUUGGCAUAAAGGACCCCGCGCGUCCAGAAGUUGCGGAAAGUAUGAAGCAAUGCACACGCGCGGGGAUCCGUGUAAUGAUGAUUACGGGCGAUGCAAAAGAUACCGCUAUUGCGAUUGCCAGGGAUGUGAACAUCUUCUCCCCAGUAGACGAUGGACGACCACUCAAAGCGUAUGAAGGCCGCGAGUUCUUCCUCAAGGCGGAACGUGAGCAACUGGAGAUUCUUAGAGAAGGUAACAUUGUUUUCUGCCGAGCCGAGCCAGCAGACAAGCAGAAGUUGGUGAAAAUGCUACAAAAUUUAGACGAGAUUCCUGCAAUGACUGGGGAUGGAGUGAAUGACGCUCCUGCCUUACAGCAAGCUGCUAUUGGAAUUGCAAUGGGAAUCACCGGGACGGAAGUUUCGAAAAAUGCUGCUGACAUGAUACUUGCCGAUGACAAUUUUUCAACGAUUGUCAGUGCUGUCGAAGAAGGGCGACGUAUAUACUCCAACAUGCAAGCGUUCAUUUGUUUCUUGAUUAGUUGUAAUAUUGGGGAGAUUUGCGCAAUUUUUUUUGCUACUCUUGCUGGCUUCCCAGAACCUUUGACUGCGAUGCAUUUAUUGUGGGUCAACCUCGUAACGGAUGGACCACCUGCAACUGCACUCGGCUUCAAUCCACCGGCACCUGAUCUCAUGGAGCAGCCGCCGCGGCCCAGCGACGAGCCAAUUAUGACUCGAUGGUUAUUGACGCGCUAUUGUAUUACAGGGUUAUACGUUGGACUCGCAACGAUUGGAAUUUUUGCCCAACACUAUCUGUCGCAGGGCAUAACGUUGGCUCAAUUGGCAACAUGGAGUCAAUGUGGCGAGUUUUGGACACCGCCUACAGAAUCAGCUUCUUGCACAGAUCUAUUCCAGGGCUCAGCUCGUAUGCUACCUCAAACUCUAGCGUUGACUACUUUAGUUUGUAUGGAAAUGUUAAAGGCCUUAUCGGCAGUUUCCAUGGAUGAUUCGAUUUUCCGAGUCGGACCUCAAGAAAACAAGUGGUUAAUACUCGGAGUGUCCGGCCCUUUUUUGCUACAUCUUAUGGUUCUUUACAGCUCAGACCUCGGUAUUCCAGCUCUCGGAGAAAGCUUCGGCAUGGUACCUCUUUCGAUCGAUGACUGGGCCCUGGUUAUCUCCUGGGCUGCACCCAUUCUCUUAGUCGAUGAAAUCUUGAAAGCUAUAGGACGAUGGGUUAAUCGAGAAGACCGGAAGAAG